CCUGUCUGUUCCUGGUCAGCAGUGGAUGGAUGGAUAGCAUCAUGGUUCCUUCGUCCUCAUCGACCCCUUCUUCCACCGUCUCCGUCCAGGACUCCCUGGACGUCAACGACGAAGCAGACUGGAUGCAAAGAUACCCGGGGGACAAGGAUCCGCACAGCGCGGCCACCAGCGACUUCGAGUAUGAGGACGAUGUCGAGGCGACGCCGGGGAUCCGCCCGGAGCGACCGCGACCGCGAUGGUGGAUGCGGGGAAUCCUGCCUCUUAUCGCCGCCUCCUUAUCGCCUCGGGAGUCUCGCCGCUCCGCAGCAGACGCUCGGCCUCUACUCGCUCCCGCCUCUUCUUACUCCACCUGCAAAUCCUAUUCCUCCUCGCGACAACACUAUUGCACGUUCAAAGUGUUGCUUCGUUGCUUAUGCUUCCCGCUCCUGGGGCUUCUCGUUAUGCUAGGCAUUGUCCAGUUUAUCUCCAUCGCCUGCGGCAUUGUCGUCUCUUUCUUUCCCGAUGAAAUCGACCGCGCAACCGAGCGGUGGCGUCACGGCGAUCGAGGACCCACCAUGGACAUACUGCAUUGGCCUACAGACAUCUCCAGGGAUAUUGUCCCGGCAAGAUGCCACUCCCACAAUGAUUACUGGCGUCCUAUCCCGUUGUAUUCCGCUCUCCAGGCCGGCUGUGUCAGCGUGGAGGCCGAUGUGUGGCUUGUCGACAACGACCUCUACGUCGGCCAUACCAAGUCAGCGUUGACCCCCCAGCGGACCCUGCAGAACAUGUACAUCAACCCGCUAUGGCGAAUCCUCGAACAGCAGAACCCCAUCACCGACUUCCAUCCCCAUCGCGACCAACCGCCGCAAGGGGUGUUCGACACCGAUCCGUCGCAAACCCUAAUUCUGCUGAUCGAUAUCAAGACCGAUGGUCAGGAGACCUGGCACCACGUGUAUGCCCAGCUCGCGCCACUUCGCGAACGCGGCUAUCUCACCUACUUCAACGGCACUGACCUCAUCCCUGGCCCUAUCACUGUCGUGGGCACGGGCAACACCCCCUUCAAUAUGGUCGUGGCCAACAACACCCACCGGGAUAUUUUCUUUGACGCGCCGCUAGACAAGCUCGCAGAAGAUGACGACAGCCUGCUUAACAACGACCAAGGCGGGGAUGCAGUAACCUCCCGCUCCUCGGAAAAUGUCGGUCAGGGUCUGUCCGGUCUCCCCGACACAGAAAUCAGAGCAGACACCUUUGAUUGGACCAACAGCUACUACGCUUCAGUUUCCUUCAAGAAAUCAAUCGGUAUGCAUUGGUCCUUCCGCCUUACAGAGCGCGAAGUCGACAAGAUCCGGGCUCAGAUCCGUGGCGCUCAUCGUCGUGGCCUCAAAGUCCGGUACUGGGGCGUACCGAGCUGGCCGCGGAGUCUGAGAAACCAUCUCUGGAGCAUGUUCGUCCGCGAGGGCGUCGACUACCUCAAUGUCGACGAUCUCCUGAGCGCCACCCGCCAAGACUGGCAGCCCCGUAUCUCAGACUGGUGGAAUUGACAUAUCUUUCUCAGUGCUCCUCCUUCAUUCUUUCACCUCCUUUCUUUUUUUUUCUUCUCUCACCUUUCUUAUUCCCUCCUUUCGCUCAUUCUCAUGUCUAGAAAGAAACGAUUGCACAUUGCGACGGCGUUUCGGUUUUGAUUUCCUUCCUGUUCGGUAGAUACCCACAUGAUGGCUUGGUCUGUGGUUUUUGGGUUAGGUUAGGUUAGGUUAGGUUAGUUCUUACUAGAGGAUGCUUCUUACUACUUAGCUUAGAUACAAAAGAAAUGAAACAGGC